AUGGUAUUCGGCUUCGGCUCUUCCUCUUCCUCCUCGUCCUCCUCUUCAUCGACCACGAACGAAGGCAUAGAACGACCAGCCCCUACUCGAGAGGAGAGGAAAGCCUGUUGGACCUCUCGAGACUUGUAUUUCGGGUGUCUAGAUAAGAACAAUGUCCUUCAGGCAGGAGAUGAAAUACAGAAAGAUGCGAAGGGGAAAGAAAUAAUCAAUGUUUGCGGAGGAGAGAGGGGGAAGUAUGAGCAGGAUUGUGGUAAAGCAUGGAUCGACUACUUCAAUAAACGACGAACGCUCGAACUCCGUCGACAAGCGACGAUAGACGCCGCUGAACGAAGUGGGAAUAAGGACAAGGCGGAUGCCUGGAGAGCUGUUAGUGGAGGUGGUAGUAGUGGACGUUGA